AUGAGUUCGUUCCGGUCUUUCAACCCAGCACUCUCGAAGAUCUUCCUGGGACCACUCCCGAAGUUUCAAUACAACUUUAAGCAUUUGGCAAAACCACAACAAUGCCAGGAAAUAAUUGACAAAUUGGACUUAAAAUCCAAGUACCCCAACUCAGCCAACCUUGAUAUCAUAGACAUCUUUUCCGGUUUUGGAUUAUUCUCCACCAUGGUCAACUACGAGCUCAAACCUCGCAACCACGUCAUUAUUGAGAACACGAAAGUCAAUGUUGGACAUUGGAAGGAAAGAAUAAGCCACCUUCAAGAGACAACCAAUAACAAAGAGAAUUUCCAUCUAUACGCCAAGGAUGGAUAUAAAUGGGAAACUUUUGAUGAUCUUAUUCAGAAGGACAAAAUUGUUCAGCCCUCUUAUGUUCCUCGCGAUAAAGUGCACGAUGAACUUCUAAUCAUAGGCAAUGUGACCCCAAGUAAAUUCGGUGAAUCGUUGUUAGCACAAUGGAUUAUGUGCUGUAUCUAUAAAAAUUGGCUCCAGAAGUACGGAAGGGUCCGUAUGUUGUGCUUUACUCCUGAUGUCACAGCAAUGAAAUUUAUGUCUGGAAGCUCAUUUCAUAAGAGAAAUAAAUCAGCCAUUAAGAGAGAACUUUAUACAGAAAGCAAAUUGGUGGCUAUCUCCGAGCCCGAAGACUUUACUGAAGCAGACGGUAGCGGAUAUGACCCUCGUUUAAUUAUGAAGGAUCAGCCUAUUCCAUUGACGAGCAGAAGUAUACUUCCAUCUAAUGGACAGCUUGCACUCUUGGAAAUUGUUCCCAAGGACAUCUCGGCAGAAAAGUACGACAUGUACGAGUACGUUAUUCGGUCAAUAUAUUUCAAUGCGUCACAAAAGAUCAAGGACUCUUUGUCCAAUAUUGGUCCUGGAGCAAUGGAAGAUUUAUCCGUGAAGCUUUCUUCGAGCAUACUUGAAAAAAGCGCUCGUGAACUCUCAAUCGAUGACUGGAGUGAGAUUUUCAAUGUCUAUGAAGCAUGGCCCUUCAAACCAUCAUUGGUCGAUACUAUGGACAUUGUGCAAGAUGAUGUGAGAGGCUUCUAG